UUGUUUCAAGUACAGAUACUUCAAGCUUAAUUUCGUACAUAUUUCUUCAGAAUGUAAAGCUUUCUCAAUCCACUCAUCAAACGAUAGUUUGAAUAAUCAACAUGGACUACAAAUCUUGUCUUUUCUUUGUGCUUUCUGCCUCAUAUGUACACAUCAAUGGGUUCUCCAUUGUUACAGACAACGACAACAAUACCUUGACAAGUAUGCACGAAGUUAGAGUUGAUGUCAAAAAUACAGAUGUUCUCCGACAACUGUUAAACCAAGAAACUCUUAUCCGAAUUUCUUUGGUCAGGGAUGUGUUUGACAUGAGGCAAACUGUAACGUCUUUGCGGGAGUCGCAGAAGGAGUGUGCUUUAUUGAUAUCGGAUUUACAAACAGAACUGACUUCAUUAAAAGAGGAAACCAAAAAGUUAAAAGAGGAUAUCAAAAUGAAUUUGACAAACGCUCGUUUAACAAUUGAAGAUAUAAGCAAGAAGGUUGGAUUUACAGUUGGCAUGCCCUCCUCAUACCCCGGCUGGUUCGGUGAUGUACUAGUCUUUUCGAAAGUGAUCACCAAUAUUGGAGGAGGUUAUAAUGUUCAUACCGGGAUUUUCACGGCUCCUGUCGCGGGGAUGUACCAAUUUUUUGUAACCGUAGUCGGAUAUAGUUAUGAAUCCAUUUACAUGUACAUCGUAUUGAAUGGAAAUCCAAAGGUGACAACUGCAUCAGAAGCCUCGAGAAGCUCGCCCUACCAAACAGGGACUAACAUGUUAGUGGUGCGCCUCGAUCAAUCUGAUACAGUGUGGAUCAAACGACAAGGAGGUACCGGAUAUUAUUCAGACAGUGUUCCGAUCACCACUUUCUCUGGUGUACUUAUUUAAUCCAUUCUUGCAUAAAGGUUUAAGCUUAUCUAGUUUAGUUUUGGUUAAAUUGUUAUCGUUUAAAUGGCGCAUGUAUUGAUUUCAAAUCUCUAUAAAGUAAGAAUUUACUUUAUUGUUGCAUAAACUUUUUAUAUUUUAAUAAAAUAAAACAACGACCUAACUUUGACGGCUUUUAAGAUGUUAAAAUUUGACUAUUUGUCUAAAUGUUAUGUUAAAUUACAAAUUCAGAUAAAAUUAUA